GUGUUUCAUUUCAGAUUUUCAGGAACCAAAGGCAACAAGGGAGGCUCGUAGGAUCUUGAGGAGGAAGAAAGAGUUGGGUUGUUGGAUUGAAAUGACAGCCCUACAAUGGGGGAUUGGGGGAGGCGAUAGAUAAUUUAUUUUAGGUCACAGUCCUCUUCGCUUGAGUUGCAUGAUGAAUUCGCAUUUCACUUUGCCAACAGAAGUUGUAUCCUUCAGACUUCCAGAGGUCGUUUGCCACUUUGCACAGGCUGCGAAGUAACCAGUGGAGCCGCGCCUGCUGAAUCCGGGACGAUGCCAUUGAGAUGGCCAUCCAUGGCUCCUUGUGGAAGCUUAGCAAACAAACUCGGGCUUCUUUGCGUUAAUGAGCGGUUCAUUAGUGGCCCAAAUCGCACGCCACGGCGCAUCACAAAUGUUCCUUGCUUCUGCGUCAAUACAGCAUAUAAUUCCAUUCCUCGUGCCUGCUAAAAUGACUUGAACCCAUGCUUCCUGCACUACUGCUCUGGAACAAGCGAUAUUCCAAGCCAAACACAGGCAGGCGUGGCAAUGGCAUCAUCACGACCGUCCGGCGGCGACGCAGAGGCGCCGCUGCUGUCGGCCAGCGGCAGUGGCGCGCAGACGGCGCCGGUUCCGACGACGACCGUCGUCGGCAAGGCGCUGAGCAGCACGGCGGACCUCGCCAAGCACCUCCCCACGGGCGCCGUGCUCGCCUUCGAGAUGCUCUCGCCGUCCGUCACCGCCGACGGCACCUGCAACGCGGCGAACCGCGCCCUGACGGGCUGCCUCAUCGGCGCCUGCGCGCUCUGCUGCUUCGUGCUCUGCUUCACCGACAGCUACCGCGACGCCGCCACGGGCGCCCUGCGGUACGGCUUCGUCACGCCCAGCGGCCGCCUGCUCCCCGUCGAGGGGGGCGGCCCGCCGCCGCCGCGGGACGAGAGGUACCGGCUGACCGCGCGCGACGUCGCGCACGGGCUGCUCUCGUUCGCGGUGUUCCUGGCCGUCGCCAUGGUGGACCGCAACGUGGUCGCGUGCUUCUACCCCGUCGAGUCGGCGUCGACGAGGCAGCUGCUGGCCGCCGUGCCCGUGGCCGCCGGCGCCGCGGGGAGCUUCCUCUUCGCCAUGUUCCCGUCCACGCGCCGGGGGAUCGGCUUCCCCGUGGGGUCGUCCUGAUGAAAUACAGUUAUCUAAAUUGCUUGUGUGUUGCUUCUGUAUGUAGUCGUGUGUGGUCGUGUGUUGGGGAGCGCGCUACUGAUUGAUUUAUGAGCCGAUUACGCCGGUAAUUCGCUGAGACUUGGUUUUACCGGUGGUGCUGGUAAAUCCGAACUAACGGUUUACCGCUGGUGCUAGUACAUGUAAAAACUGAUUUAUUUUUAUUUCUUGGUGAAUCUUGAACAUGUGAAACUAGAACGUGUUUGAGAUGUGCACAUGCUUUAAAAUCCAUUUUACAGCAUGUAACAAUAUAUCUUGUUGCAAUUGUUUA